GGAGGAGGAGGAGGGACCCAUCGCUGGGCUGGAUUGGGUUUCAAUCGGCGUGCCUGGCCCAGUUAGCCCACAAGCUGCUGGAUGCAGAUCGACUGAUGCUCUGUGCUUGAUGCUGAUGAUCGCGAUACGCCACUCACGCGGUCACAUCACCCCGAGACGAAAGCAGAGAGGCGGGUGAAACAGGAGAAAGUUGGAGAAGUUGACUUUCCUUGAUCGGCUUUUCGAGCGUGGAUAAGCACGUUGCGCUGAAGUUUGUUUCUCGGGCAGAAAAAGGUACACAUUAAAAGUGGAGCUUGGAAGUGGGAACGCCGUUCAAAAGGAAUACACUUUUAAUGACAUGGAUAUGACGUGUGACUCUUCUCGCACUUCUGACCUGCAGUCCAAAAGGGAAUAACGCGAUCCGCUUGGGUAUCUAUCGCGAUACCCACCGACCGACCUGCCGCCUAGCGCAAUUAGAAAAGGAGCCAAUUAAUGUUCAAAACGAAGGAGCCAGUGUGAACACAGUGGCCAAGGGUUUGGGGAAGUUCUAUAAUGAACCCAGUGCACCGUGGCCCUUGCUGGAACAGGAUGCUGCUGCUAAUGGCGUACAUGGCUCUGGAGCUGCUCACACUUCACUCCCCCCUGGUUCUGGGCGCCCUGGAGCUCCAACUGGACGAGGAGCAACCAGCGGGCACCAUCGUGGGCGACAUUAGCGCCGGGCUGCCGGCGGGCACCACCGCCUCGCUCUACUUCAUCUCUGACCACGAGGGCACCGGCGUGGGCACGGACCUGGACAUCGACGAGAGCACGGGCAUCAUUAAGACGGCAAAGGUCCUGGACAGGGAGAUGCGGGACCGGUACAACUUCAUCGCGGUCACCAUGACCGGCGUGACGGUGGAGGUGACCAUCAAGGUGAACGACAUCAACGACCACGGCCCGGUCUUCCCGAAGAAGCACGCCACAUUCACGAUUCCAGAGCAGACCGCCAUCGGAACCAAGUUCUCACUGGAGCCGGCCGUGGACGCCGACCGAGAUCAGCUGACAACGCAGGGAUACCUCGUCAAGGACGGCAACAUUGGCCAGGCCUUCACUCUGGAGACGAGAAGAGGCACCAACAAGGUCCUCUACAUCGACCUGGUGGUCAACGCCAUUCUUGACCGAGAGAAGAGGUCCACCUACACGUUAUCCCUUGAGGCGUUUGACGGUGGCUCCCCUAAAAGAACCGAUCAAAUGACUCUAGACAUCUCCGUGCAGGACAUAAACGACAACGCUCCCGUUUUUAACCAGAGCCGCUACCACGCCAUCAUAUCGGAGAGCCUGCCCCCGGAGAGCAACAUCCUGCAGGUGUUCGCCACCGACGCGGACGAGGGCAACAAUGGCUUAGUGCUGUACGAGAUCAACCGGCGGCAGAGCGACCCCGACCGCUACUUUGUCAUCGACCCUCGUUCGGGAAUGAUCACCCUCAACCAGCCGCUGGACUUUGAGAUGAGGAGGGUUCACGAGCUGGUGGUCCAGGCCCAAGACAACGCCAGCCAGCCGGAGGUCACCAACGCCUUCGUCACCGUCCACGUGCGGGACUACAACGACAACCAGCCCACCAUGACCAUCAUCUUCCUCAGCGAGGACGGCUCCCCCCGCAUCUCCGAGGGAGCGCAGCCGGGCCAGUAUGUGGCCCGCAUCUCGGUGACCGACCCGGACUACGGCGAGUACGCCAACGUCAACGUGUCCCUGGAGGGCGGCGACGGGAAGUUCGCCCUGACCACCAAGGACAACAUCAUCUACCUGAUCUGCGUGGACCAGAUCCUGGACAGGGAGGAGAGGGACAUGUACGAGCUGAGAGUGAUGGCCACCGAUUCGGGCACACCUCCCCUCCGUGCCGAAUCCUCCUUCGUCAUUCAGGUGGUGGACGUCAACGACAACCCGCCGCUGUUCGACCAGCCGGUGUACAGGCAGGUGAUCCCCGAGGUGGUGUUCCCGGGGAGCUUCGUGUUGCAAGUGACCGCCAGGGACAAGGACCAGGGACCCAACGGGGACGUGACCUACAGCCUCCUGCGGGACCAGCAGACCCAGUGGGACUGGUUCAGCGUCGACGCCGAGACCGGGAUCAUCACCACCCUGUCCCAGCUGGAUUACGAGAAGGACCCCAAGCCGAGCGUGACAGUGGUGGCCACGGACGGAGGGAGACCACCCUUGACCUCCACCGCCGUGGUGAACAUCGUCCUCCAGGAUAUGAACGACAACGAGCCUGUGUUCGGGAGAAGCUUCUACAACGUUUCCAUCAAGGAGAACACGCCGGCGGGAACAUGCAUACUUGAGGUGUCGGCGUCGGACGCCGACGGAGGUUCCUUCGGCUCCAUCAGCUACUCCCUGGGCUCCGGCCUCAACAGCUCGCCCCCCGCACAGUUCUCCGUCAACAAGGAGACGGGGGAGAUCUGCACCUCCCUGGCCCUGGACCGGGAGCACGGACAGAGCAGCUACGACUUCACCGUCAACGCCGUGGACGGGGGGGGCUUGAGCUCGGCGGUGUACGUGAAAGUGGAUCUGGUGGACAUCAACGACAACCUGCCCACCUUCUACCCUUUGAGCUACGCCGUCAGUUUGAGUACCCAGAGUGCACCUGGGACCUCGGUGGUCAGGGUGAUGGCCUACGACCCCGACACCGGCGAGAACGGCCGAGUGACGUACCGGACGGCACCGGGAGGGGCCUCGCCUUACUUCACCCUCAACAAGGACACCGGCGUGAUCUCCCUGUCCCGAUCGCUCCACGGCAAGGCCAACUCCGUCAUCACCAUGGCGAUCUCGGCGCAAGAUGGCGGCGGACUGGUGGCCCCCGUCGACGCGCGGGUUAACAUCAGUGUGGUGGCCGGCGUGGUUGCGCCCCCUGUCUUCCAGCAGAGUCAGUACCACUUCACCGUGUCCGAAGACUCGAUGCGCGGCGUGCUGGUGGGCGUCGUUCAGGCCAGCGUUAAAAUAGGUUCCCCGAAGGACAUCCUGUACACCAUUAGUUCCGGGGACCCCGCCGGUUACUUUUCCGUGGACCCCGACACGGGGGCUCUCCGGACCAGCCUGCCGCUGGACCACGAGGCCCAGCCCGUCCUGGACCUGGAGCUGCAGGCCCGCUGCGGCAGGCCUCCCGCCUACGGCCAGACCCGCGUCCGCGUCACCGUGGCCGACGUCAACGACAACGCCCCUCUCUUCCUGCCCUCCUCCGCCGAGUCGCUCCUGCUCCCGGAGCAGACGGAGAUGGGCGCGGUGGUGUACCGCGUCCGGGCCGACGACGCCGACUCCGGGGUCAACGGGCAGCUGACCUUUGACCUCGACCCGUCCGCCCCCGGCGGCGGCGGCGGCGUCCAGAGGAUGUUCAGCGUCGACCGCGGCAGCGGCGAGGUCCGGCUGGCGGGGAGCCUCUCGUACGAGAGCGCGCCCCGCUUCGACCUGCGGGUGACGGCCCGCGACGGCGGCGUGCCCCAGCGGAGCUCCGUGCUCACGCUGGUGGUGCACGUGCAGGCGGAGAACGCCCAGGGCCCCGUGUUCGACACCGUCAGCUACCGCGUGGAGCUGAAGGAGGGCACGCCGCUCAACACGCGCUUCCUGCAGGUGCGCGCCCUCGACCGGGAGACCCCCGCCCACGCCGGCCCCUCCCCGGCCGGCGCCCCGGUCUACCACCUCCGGCCGGACGGCGACGCGGCGGGCUUCGGCGUGGCGCCGGACAGCGGCUGGCUGUUUGUGCGGAGCUCCCUGGACCGCGAGGCCAAGGACACGUACCUCCUGACGGUGCUCGCCAGCGCCGGGCACGGGCAGCUGAAGAAGACGGGCAGCGCCACCGUGCGCGUGGCGGUCACGGACGAGAACGACAACGCGCCGCGGCUGACGCAGGAGCGCGUGUUCCUGGCGGUGAAGGAGAACCUGCCGGCGGGCACGGGCUUCGGGCGCGUGGCCGCCACCGACCGGGACAGCGGCCAAAACGCGCGGCUCACCUACCGCUUCCUACAAGCCGACCGCCACUUCCAGAUCAACCCCCAGACAGGGGAGAUCAGCACCAGGGAGGCCCUGGACCGAGAGCACCAGUCCAGCCACCAGCUGCUGCUGUCGGUGCAGGACGGCGGAUCCCCCCCCAGGAGCUCCACCGGCACGGCCUUCAUCACCGUCCAGGACGACAACGACAACGCCCCCGCCUUCAGCCCCCACACGCCCGGGAAGAUCCUCGCCAUGCAGCACGCACCUCUUUUUUCUCUCCAGGUGCUCAGUCUGACCCGACCCUCCUCCCCCACCAACUCCGUCUCCCUGACCUUCAACUCGGUGGAGGGGGCCACCCCGGGCUCGGUCCUGGGGUCCGUGCGGCUCCAGGGGGGCGACCCGCGCCGCCAGCUGACCUACGCCGUGGUGGGGGGCUCCGACCCGGACGGGACCUUCGCCGUGGACCGCCUCACGGGCGACGUCUACCUGGCGCGGCCGCUGGACUACGAGCGCGACGCCCGCUACACGCUGCAGAUCGAGGUGGACGACCCUGACCCCGACCCCCCGGGGGCCGGCGGACGGACCCUGGUGCGGCUGGACGUCGACGUCGCCGACGGCAACGACCACUCGCCCGAGUUCCCCGAGGACCCGGUCACCGUGGUGGUCUCGGAGGGCGCGGCCGCCGGCUCCACCCUCUUCACCUUCCAGGCGUCGGACGGCGACGGCGGCGGGCACAGCGAGCUGAGCUACUCCGUCCUGCGGCAGUGGCCCGACGUCCCGGGGCUGCUGAUCCUCGACCCCGUCACGGGCGCGCUCUCCCUGGGCCGGGCGCUGGACCGCGAGGCCACCGCCUCCCUCAUCCUGGUCGUCCAGGCGACCGACGCGGCGCCGGACGCGGGCCAGCGGCGGCGGGGCUCGGUGACGGCGAGGGUCUUCGUGACGGACGAGAACGACAACGCGCCGGCGUUCAGCUCGCCGGCGGCGGUCAGCGUGAUGGAGGACCAGCCCGUGGGCUUCGUGGCGCUGUACGUGGUGGCGAGGGACGCGGACCAGGGGGAGAACGGACGCGUCAGCUACAGCAUCGAGUCGGGCAACGCCGGGGGCGCCUUCUCCCUCAACCCCAACACAGGCUCCUUGUCCAUCUUCAAGCCUCUGGACCGCGAGGAGGAGGAAACCUUCAACCUCACGGUGGUCGCUAAGGAUCACGGGACGCCACAGCGCACGUCCAGCCAGCUGCUCUGUGUGCACGUGAUCGACGUCAACGACGAGGUCCCCCAGUUCGAGGAGGUCCAGUAUGAGGCUGAGAUCCCUGAGAACCGCCCCCAGGGGUUCAGCGUCCUGGCGGUCUCCGCCGUAGACCUAGACCAAGGGACCAAUGGUCACGUGACAUAUGGCAGGGUUUCGGGAGAGGGCUUCAACAUUGACCCGGUAACUGGUGUCAUAACGACAGCCAAGGCGCUGGACAGGGAGACCCAGGAGUACUACACGCUGACAGUGUACGCCAAAGACGGAGGCCUUCCGCCCAACGUUGCCAAGGCGACGGUCAAGAUCCGAGUGACCGACGAAAACGACAACGCUCCGGUGUUCGGGCGGCUGUACUACAGCAUCGAGGUUCCAGAAAAUGCUGAGCCUUCUGAUCUCUUCACACUAAGAGCAACGGACCAAGACACAGGGGAGAGAGGGGAGAUAAACUACAAACUAACAGCGGGCGACACAUCGUCCGACUUCCGUCUGGACAGGCGGUCGGGGAAGCUGUCCACCUCCAGGCCCCUGGACCGGGAGAGGAAGGCCCGCUACAGCCUGGCGGUGGUGGCCCAGGACCAGGGCCGCCCCUCCCUCAGCGGCACCGUCACCGUGGAGGUGAGCGUCCUGGACGUCAACGACCACGCCCCGCGCUUCCAGAGCGCCAGCUACACCGCCGACGUGUCGGAGGACGUCCAGGUGGGCUCCUUCGUACUGGAGGUGAAGGCCGGCGACCUGGACACGGGCGCCAACGGCCAGGUGGUGUACUUCCUGAGCGGGGGCUCCCAGGGCAUGUUCAUCGUCGACCAGACCACCGGCCGCGUCAUCACGGCGGCGCCGCUCGACCGCGAGAAGACGGGCUCGUACAACUUCGACGUGCACGCCGCCGACUCCUCGCCGUCCAACCCGCUCAACGCCAGCGCCCACGUCACCGUCUACAUCCAGGACGUCAACGACAACGCCCCCUUCUUCGUCCAGGACCCCCUGGUGAUCAACGUGUCGGCCACGGCCGGGACCAGCCACCGCGUGCUGGCCACCAUGCGGGCGGAGGACAAGGACUUCGGGGCCAACGGCUCGGUGUUCUACCGCUUCGCCAGCCCCGUGCGCGGCUUCAGCAUCAACUCCCUGACGGGGGACAUCCAGGCCACGGAGAGGCUGCAGGCCCUCACCCAGAGCCAGCGGACCCUCAUCGUGGAGGCCAUGGACCAGGGCUCCCCGUCCCAGUCCUCCCUGGGGGUGGUCAUCGUCUACAUCCACGAGCAGAGCUAUCGGGGGAUCCGCUUCCCGCGCAAUGCGCGGGACGUCAGCGUGCAGGAGAACGCCGUCAAAGGUACAGCUAUAAUACAAACACAGGCGCAGUACCCAGGCGGCUCGCGUAUGGGGAUAACCUACAGCCUCUUCAGCGGUAACAAGAUGCAGUUUUUUGGCAUCAACCCCACCUCUGGCGAAAUCUGGGUCCAGAACUCAGAGGUGCUGGACUUUGAGGAGACCCCGAGACUCCGCCUGGUGGUGAAGGCCGAGACGGCGUCGUCCAGCUCCUACAUGGCGGUCAACCUGAUCAUACAGGACGUGAACGACAACCUGCCGCGCUUCCAGCUCCAGAACUACGUUGCUUACAUCCGCGAGGCGCAGGGCUACGACUUCCCCAUCAUCCAGGUGUUUGCGAACGACCUGGACCAGGGUCAGAACGGCCAGGUGAGCUACUCCCUCCGCUCGUCCUCCAUGAGCAGCCUGUUUAAGAUCGACCCGGUGACGGGAAGCGUCUCCACGGCGGCCAUCAUGGAUCGAGAGAUCUGGACACACACAAAGCUGGUCGUCAUGGCAACAGACAGGGGAUCCCCGCGGCUGGCCGGCUCCGCCACCCUCACGGUCAUCAUCGUCGACCUCAACGACAACAGUCCCACCAUACCGCUGCCCAGGGAGGUGCGCGUGGCCGAGGACACACUGGUUGGCACGGUGAUCACCCAGGUUACGGGGAACGACGUGGACUCGGGGCCGGCCCUGUCCUACACGCUGUUGCUGGCGGCCGACUGCCAGGGCGCCUUCGGGAUCCGCCGCCACAGUGGGGGCGUGUCACUCACCGCCCCGCUGGACUACGAGGAGAGGAGCUGGUUCACCCUGACGGUCCGCACCUCAGACUCCAGGCACCAGAGUGAGGCCAACCUCACCGUGCUGGUGGAAGACGUCAACGACAACGCACCCUUGUUCACCCAGGACCUGUACCAGGUGACCGUGUCCGAACACCACCCUGCCGGCAGCAGCGUCGUCACGGUCACGGCCACCGAUCGCGACUCUGCAGACAACGGCAAGGUCAUCUAUCGAGUGAUGUCAUCAACCAGGGACAUUUUCUACAUCGACUCAAAUAAUGGCACCCUUUUCAUCAGCCAAAAGGCCGAGUUUGACGUGGAGAACCCUUCCAUCCUGGUGGUGAUCGAGGCUCGCGAUCUUGGAACGCCGUCCCUCUCCUCGUUUGCCACCGUCCAGGUGCAGGUGUCGGACACAAACGACAACGCCCCCGUCUUCCACCAGUCCGAGUACCGAGCCAGCAUACCGGAGGACGGGCCCCCGGGGUCAACCAUCCUGACCCUUGAAGCCGUGGACGCCGACCUGUCACGGGACAACUGCGCCUUCGACUUUGCCAUCGCCAGCGGCAACACGGGCAACGCCUUCCAGAUCGAGAGCAGCGUGCGCUUCCUGGAGGGGCGGGGCUUUCAGACGGUCGGUAACCUGAUCCUGGCCGAGGGGCUGGACUUUGAGGCGGUGGCGAGCUACAACCUGAGCGUGGUGGUGUCGGACCGCGGCGUCCCCCAGCGUAGCUCCAGCGUGCCCGUUCUCAUCGGGGUCCUGGACGCCAACGACAACCCGCCCACCCUCAGCCGGUCCGAGUACAGCGUGGUGCUGAGCGAGGGGACUGCCGCAGGGGCGGAGAUCCUUCACCUCUCGGCCACCGACCCGGACUCUGCACCCAACGGAGAGGUCCAGUACUCCAUCAGCUCCGGGGAUGAGACGGGCUUGUUCCAGGUUGACCGCUGGACCGGGGCGCUGAGGCUGCAGAAAACCCUGGACAGGGAGAGGCGAUCUGUUCACGUGGUAGUCGUUCAAGCCAGUGACAGUCAGGGGCACUACGCCCUGGCGCCCGUCACCGUGGAGGUGAAGGACGUCAACGACAACCUCCCUUAUUUCCCCCUCAAGCUUUUGAGCGCCAGCGUCCGAGAGAACCAGCCCCAGAACGCCUUGGUCACCGUGCUGCACGCCAUCGACCAGGACAGGGGUGUGUUCGGCCAGCUGAGAUACUACAUGCUGGACGACCCUAAAGAACAAGCUUUCCUCAUUAACCAGACCUCAGGCGAGGUGCGAACUCGCACCACCUUCGACUACGAAAAAGUGAACUCUUUCCAGUUUGUGGCAGUGGCCAUGGACACGGGCAACUACUCUGCCACGGUGACGGUACAGGUGUACGUGACCGGAGAGGACGAGUACGACCCGGCCUUCACCUCCUCCGAGUUUUCCUUCCUGGUGCCUGAGGGAGCGCGGAAGGGCCAGAGCAUUGGCCAGGUGCAGGCCCUGGACGAGGACGAAGGCGUGGACGGCGUGGUGCUCUACUCCCUCGCCGACAGCUCCCAGCCGUACUUUGAGGUCAACAAGACGACCGGCGUCAUCGCCCUGAAGAUGGACAGCUACGGCCGUCACUCGGGACGCUCCAAGAGGGAGGUGCGCACGAUGACCCUGGACGUGGUCGCCCACAGCCCCUUGGAGAGGUCUCGCGUCGCCACCGCGCACGUCGCCAUCGACGUCACCCACACGGCCUUCGGCCUCCCCUCCAACAUGAACGCGCUGCUGAUCGGCGUCAUCGCCGUCUCCCUGGGCACCAUCGUCAUCCUGAUCGUCGUCGCCGUGGCGCUGUUCUUCAUCAAGCUGAGGCGGCGGAAGAAGGAGCAUCGCCCGUACUGCCUCCCCCCGCCAACCGCCACGGUGCUCCACAAGCUGGAGGAGAGCAAGCUGGCCGGCAAUGAGAUGAUCUACCACCAGGCGCUGCCCGGCUACGGCCCUGUUCAGGUCGGGAGCGGCGGGGGCCCCUACGCUCGCGGCGGCUCCCUGGACCCCUCCCACUCCAGCGGUCGGGGUUCGGCGGAGGCGGAGGCGGCGGACGACGACGAGAUCCGCAUGAUCAACGAGUACCCUCGCGUCUCCAGCAUCUCCUCCUCCAUGCAGGAGCGCAUCUCGGCCCGGGGUCCCGACUCGGGGAUCCAGCAGGACGCCGACCAGCUCUCGGACAUCUCCGGUGAGCCCUCCAUGGACGCCGGCCAGUGGUACAAGGCCAAGAAACUGGGCAGCCUGACCAGCACCCUGCUGGCCGGACAGGGGCCCGUUUACAGGGACGAGGGUGGCGGGUACCUGGGCGUGGGCCGGGGGCUGAACAUCGCUCACCCCAAAGACUACGCUUUCCCGGAGGACGGGAAGCCGCCGGUGGACGGCUCCCUGACGGCCAUCGUAGCCAGUGACGAGGAGCUCAGGGGCAGCUACAACUGGGACUACCUCUUGAACUGGUGUCCCCAGUUCCAGCCCCUGGCCAACGUGUUCACAGAGAUCGCUCGCCUCAAGGACGAGACUGCUCCGCCGAACCCCCGCCGGCCGUUCCCCCACAAGGCGAAGGCCGAGCCCAGGAUCGAUCCCCCGCCACUGAUCACCUCCGUGGCCCAUCCGGGGGCCAAGACUGUUCCCCCCAAGCCCGCCGUGGGGAGGUCCUUCCCCCACCUGGCCUCCCUGCGGAGGUCUCCCCUCAGCAGCGACGGCUCCAUCUCCUCGGCCGCCAUGUCCCCCAGCUUCUCCCCGUCCCUGUCGCCGCUGGCAGCCCGCUCGCCCGCCGUCACGCCCUUCAACGUCUCGCAGGGGCCCUCGGCGUCCAUGAUCAGCGCCACGGAGCACCACCUCGAGCACAGCGAGGAGGCAGAGAUCAGGAUCUGAACCCACAGCCCGGGCCCCCUGCUGAAGGCCGGUCAGAGGGGUGUCCAUUGCUGUUCCAGGGACACUAGAUAACAACCUACGGACUCUGUCUCUGAAAGGACGAUUCGCUAAUAUGCUUUUUUCCUCGGACCAACGGACCAGGACGGACUAGGUCCAAACGGUCUAGAGGGACGUAAGGAAGGAAACGAACCCAUGAACCAUAUGAAGGAACUGGGCAGAAAAUGGACACAAAAGCCUAGUUUGGACCUGGUUUGUCAGAUUGAUCAGUGUUCAUUUGCACAUUCAAGUCGUGGUGAUGGGGGGAGGGGGCGGAAUUCAUACAUGAUGUCACUAUUUUGUAAAAAGCAUUGUUUAUAUUUUUUAUACUUAAUGUAUGGUUUUUUUGACAAGAAACGACAUUGCUGUGUCAAAGGGUUGCUAUAACCUCGGAAUAUAGUUAUAUAUUUGUAUAUUUGUAGCUUGUACUGUACUGUAUACUUGUUUGUACUGUAAGCUGGUUCUAUCUUAUGUGAUUAAUAACUUGUGUGUUUUUCUUUGAUUGAUUAUUGAUGCACUUCAUUCAUGUUUGUUGAUUUGGGGAUUUUGCUACAGACUUGUAAAUAUCUAGAACAGAUAAAGGAUCAUCCUUGCUGCAACAAAUGAACCACCGGUGGGAAUACCAAUAUUUUCUUGCGUAACAAUAAUUCACCAUACAGCGUGAACCGUGACCAUGAAAUGUUUGGGGGUUCUCCCUCUCCUCCAUGCCUCUGGUGUGGUUCCCUGGAGAACCUAAUGGAACUCGACGCUGAAUGAUCACCCCUUCUUGCAGGGUAACCUGUCUUUAAUCUCUUCACAAUAAGCCUUUUAACCUUCUCGUGCCACUCCACAUCCCUACUCAAUGUAAUUCCCACCAGGAGCUGAAAGCUAACUUAGAUUCAUGCGUUGAACCUACUUAUGUAAAAAAAAAACAUGUUUACUGCAGCCAUCGUGUUCAAACUUUUCUUUUUAACUUUUCCAUUGCAGCUAAUACUUUUGUUCAUAACUGUUUUAACGACUUUGCGUCUACAUAAUGAAAUGCCCAUGCCCAGAGCUCAACCAACACAGAAAUGAAUCUCUUUCUAAAUCAAUUUGGUCUCCGGAGACAAUCUCAUAUUGGGGAAAAAGUGACUGCUGCUUUGAGAAAGUGACUUUGUUCCAGUUUAAAUUGAUGUCAGAAUCAAUGGAUUUUAAAAUUCCCGAGGGAUCCGCUAAUUGCUCAGAUUAUUCAAUAACUAACCUGCAGUAAGUGUCUCUUCUCUCAGUUGAAUGUACAACUCAUCCUCACAUUUCAAGAGUUUCGACAGUUGUUUUCUGUGAAUGUUUUUUCAACAGUAUAGUAUGGGUGUAAGGGCUAUGAACCCAUGUCCCUCUUGGUUCACAAUAACAGUAGGCUCUGUUUCAGUGCAAGCACAAUAUAUAAUACUUCAGAGACUGAUGUCGCAAGCCCUCAAGGAAAACAUUAUACAAAUAUCGGCUGAUGUUUGAACACAAUCCGGGAGGGAUUUUUGAUUUAAUCUUCAUACGAAUUAUGGUUUAAGUUAUAAGUAGACAAUACAGAGCCGUGACACAGAGAGCCAACUAGAAACAGACUUCACAGCCUUUGCAUUCUCAUCAUCCUGUUUGGCUAUUACAACUUCCCAGAGCCCUGCCUUAGCCUAGAUGUAGAAAAACUCAAAUUUAUUUUCAUUGUUUGUUCCUCUGCAGUUCUAAAGCUUUGAACGUGUUUUAAUUGUUAGAAUACAAUAUAUAACUGCUAACUGCUACUCAAGGUACUUACUAAUUAUUAUAUCGAACUAAGUUACCGAAUGUCUCUCUGAAACCGAGACACAAGGUUUAUGAUUCACUCUGUUGACAUAACAUUGACCAAAAAAGGAUGAAAACCACCUAUUUCCUGGGAUAAAAGUACAUCUAUGUUCGUAAUUUUUUCUCCUGAACUGUUCCGCCCAUGUUGCACGUGAAAGAGAACAUUUUCUGCUCCUCCACUACAGUGCCACAGUGAAGGUGGCGUCACUGAAAUCAUGUCUGCUUCAUUCUUAAGAUGUAUCUGGUGAGAAGUGCCUGAAUAAAAUGCAUUAAAACAUAACAA